GCAUAACCCCUCCAAACUUACCCAACGUUGCACCUCUGGGCAACAAACGAUAAACUUACGAGUAUUCUAGCAGCCUGAUUUUAGUUUAAUUACAUUGAUAUGGUUGACGGUUCAACAGAUAUGUAAAUUCACAUAAACAAUAAUCGCUGCUGGUCACUCACUAUUAAAAUGAACCAAAGUGACAUUAGUAACCAUAGUUCGCAUUAUAGCAAAAAGUUGCUCAAGUUUAGUCAUUUCUACUGGAGUUCGGACAGCGAGGACUAUUUUUCCAAUGCGCGCAACACCGAUUGGGCAUCAGUACUACUGGUACCACUUCUGGCUACCGUCAUCUUGGCUGUAACUGUCUUCCUAUUGGUCGUAUUCAGGCAAAACCCUACGUUCGUGAUAAGCACUGUAGCGGGAUGUCUCAUAUUCAUCACUAUUUAUUUGGUACUGACAGCCAUGGAAACUAGCAGGCAGUUUUUAGAGUAAAAUGGUUCUGUAUUUAUAUGGAUCUUUAAAAGAUGAUAUUUCUACCUGUCUAUACUGAAACAAGAUGUGUCAUAUUCAUCACUAUUUAUUUAGCACUGCUACUAGCAAGUCGUUUUUAGAAUAGAAUAUUUUUGUAUUUAUACAGUUUUGGAUCUUUGAAUUGUUAUUGCAAUAUAUUUCUUGAACUUGGACCUUUACAUUUUGGUAUAUGUAUAUGACUACCUCCUUGACUAUUUUAUUGAAUAAAGAAUGGAAAAAC